UUUUGAUGUUUUCGUGGAUGUUUUCGAUCGGUCGGUCAAUCGGUAUUUUUGAUUUGAUUUUCGGUAAAAUUGUGGGAAAUGAUGGAAUCAAAAUCAUUACAAAAUGAUAAUGUUGUUGUCGAUGAUGAUGAUGAUGAUUAUAUUUGUGAUCCAUGUGAUAUGAAUAGUACGGAUUUUAAUCCAGAUAUCUAUAUGAUCAAGAUAUUGAAAGAAAGUCGCCUGUCCGAACUAAUGGAUACUGAACAAAUGUUAUAUAAACAAAUACAAACACUUGAUAGUGAAAUGCAAACAUUAAUCUAUGAAAAUUAUAAUAAAUUUAUUAGCGCUACUGAAACGGUUAAAAAAAUGACAUCACAUUUUGAUAAAAUGGAAUAUGAAUUAAAUUUAUUAUCAGAAAAUAUGGAUAAAAUAACUGGACAAAGUAAUGAAAUUGGUAAAAAUUUAAAUGAAAAACGUGAACAAAUGAUACAAAUGUCAACGAAAAAUCAACUAUUAGAAAAGAUACAAUUCAUUUUGGAAUUACCAAAUAAAAUGAAACAAUUGAUUGAACAAAAUCAAUAUGAUAAAGCAUUGGAUGAUUAUCUUGAUGCUCGACAAUCAUUGAAUAAAUAUGCACAUUUAUCAUCAUUUAAAAACAUUCAAAUGGAUUGUAAUGAAAUGCUGGAGCAAAUUAAACAAUAUUUCUAUGGACAAUUAGCCAAUGAAAAUCUAACAACAACGCAAUUGAAUAAAAGUAUUGGCUAUCUAAUUCGGUUGAAUGAAUGUCCGAAAAAUUUAUGUGAAAAAUAUUUUGAAAUGUGUGAAAAGAAAAUGAAUAUAAUUUUGGAUGAAAUUCGUAAUGAAACAACAACAACUGCGAAAUCAACUGAUGGUAUUGAUAAUCUGGACAUUUUGGAAUUUAUUGAUAAUGUUUGUAAUCAUUAUAUUGAUUCAUUGAAUGAAUGUAUAAAAUUUUAUACGGAUUGUUUUGUUGGAAAUGAGCUUAGUAUUUUGAAUGAUCAACAGCAAAAAAUCAGCAACGAUGAUAUCGAAUCAAGAUUGAAAAUAUUCAUCGAUCGACGAAUGAAUAAUUUAUUUGAAUUGAUUGUUGAGAAAAUUCGUUAUGAACAACACCGACAACAGCAACAAAAAUCGGAUAAAAUUUCCAAUAAUAAUAAUAAUGUUAUAAUGUUUGUACGGGCAUUGGAUCGAUUUUAUCGUCGCGUACAGAUGAUGAAUAAUUUUUUCGGUUAUCCGGAUUUUUCCCGUAAAAGUUUAUCAAUCAUUUUUGAAUUGACAAAAGAUCAAUGCAGAUAUUUAGUUGAUGAUUUAAUGAAUAAAUUUCAAGAUGAAUUAACUACUAUACGUCAUGAUAUUGUACAAGAUAUGACUAGAACAACAAAUCUAGCUUUAAAACAACAACGAUCAUCAAAUGUCAAACAUGAUGAUGAUGAUCAUCGAAAUCAAAAUACAUUAUUAUCCGAUACGGUUAUUGCAUUUGAAACAUCAAUAUGUGAAAAUCUGAAAUCAAUUCUUUCAAAUCUUAAUCCAUUUCUAUAUCCCGAAUUAACAUUUAUGUUGAAAGAUUUUAAAGAAAAAUUUAUUAAACAUUUAAUAUUCGAUACGAUUGUUAUCAAAUAUUUAGAUUAUAUAUUGGAAAAUAUUGAACAAUUUGAACAAUCAUAUCAAACAUCACAUAUACCAUCAUGUUUCAUAUUGAUUUUAUCGAAAAUUUGUCGUGAUCUAAGCAAUUCCAUAAUACAAUAUCUAUUUAAAUAUACGAAUGAAUUAUUUUCAUCAACAACAGCGAAAUUUACGGGUAGUCAAAAUUCCGCUGAACCAUUAAUAAAACGUUCACGUUUAAAUGGUGAAAAAUUAUUGAAUGCAUAUGUUUGGAUUGAAGGACAAUCAAUAACACAUAUGAUUAGGAAAAGUGUUGAAACACGUGAUUGGAUGAGUACGGUUGAACCAAGAUCCGUACGUUCGGUUAUGAAACGUAUGAUUGAAGAUAUAACCUUGAUUGAUUUUCUUGUCGGUCAACUAUAUGAAGAAGGUGUACGCGUAGAACGUAGUUCUGAUUCAACAAGUCGUACUUUUUCAUCGUUUAGUAUCAAUAAUAAUAAAUCAACAUCACGUUAUUCAAAAUCAAAUUGGUCAUAUGGAUCAAGUUCAUUUAUUGUUACGGAUAAUAAUAAUAUUGUAUCAAAUAUACAGAAAUUAUUUAAUGAUAAAAUUGAAAUUUUCGGUACGGUUGAAUUUUCCAAACUAUCCAUUGUAACUGGUAUUAUAAAAAUUGGUUUAAAAACUUUGAUUGAAUGUGUACGACUGUGUACGUUUAGUCGAUAUGGUUUUCAACAGAUACAGGUUGAUUCAUAUUAUUUACAAACACGUUUAUGGCGUUUUGCAUCCGAUGAAAAAAUCAUAAUGAAUUUAAUCGAUGAUGUUAUAAUUAGCAGUAAAAAACGUUGUUUGGAUCCAGUCGGUAUGGAACGAAGUGUCAUUGAAAAUAUUUGUGAAAAUCGUUGAUUAUAUGUGGUCAUCGUUGUUGAUCGAUAUAAGAUUAGCCAAAAAUUCUAUCCAAAUCAUUGAUUUGUUCAAGAUUUUGUUCCUGGAAAAAAUUGCUUGAUUUAAAACA